AUGGUGUUUUGUGUGAUGAGUGGCGUUCCUAUACCAGAUGUGGUCGAUAGUGGUGGAACACCAAGACGAUCACCAAUCGGAAAUCGCCCAUCAGUACAGAGCCUGUUCAGCCAGUUGGAACUCAACGAUCACGAUGGGAUUGAACGAAGGACUGUGGCUGGAGGUGCUGCUAUCACGCUUUCUGUAAAGGGAUCAGAAUUAGUACAGAAUUUCGUGCAACGCAAUAUCCCACCUAUUCUCCCAGGAUCAGGUGAUUUAUACCUGAUCCGCCUGAUGCGGCCUCGUACACGAAGCCACAGCGUAUGUGUAUGA